GUUUUGUGAUAACCGCGCAAUCAGAGGCAGAUAACGCCGAGAGUGCGGAGUUACGUUUAUUGAUAUUGUUGUUGUAAGGCGUCAAAAGAUCGCGUGGUCACUAGUGCUUUAGAGGUCACUACAGUCACCGCGCCACUGACUUGAACAAUUCACACCAUGGCGAGCGUGGACUAUUCGCAAGUGCCGAUCAAGGAGAAGCCUUUUCACAAGCCGCCAUUGACCGAAGUUGCUGAUGUGCUCUCCCGCGGGCUCACGGCGACCUUCGAGGCGGUGAGCGUGGCCGUGGUGGAGUGCCCCGACCUCACGCGGCCGCCCUUCAACCUCACCACACAAGGUUUAUGUGGCGAUCCCAAGUUAGUGGAGCUGGGCGGUCCACCGUACCUGGUGCCGCUGGUGCAGCGCGACAAGCUGUACGACCUGGCCGCACUCACGCGGCAUCUGCACCGCGAUCCCGCGAACUUGGUCGGCGCCGGCGCAGGACCCUGGCCGCACAUCGGUGUCAAUUGUGAGGGCAUCAUCGACUUAAGCGUGCGCAACGGCAGCGUGUCUCAGGGCACGCGCAUCGUGUCUGUGGAGCCGGUGGGCGCGGCCAAGGGCUCCAGCGGCUACCUGCAGCGCCGGCUGCCCCCCACGGAGACCAGGACGGCGCUGCUCGGGAACUACUUGCUCAGUGAGGGCAGGCCGGGGAAGGUCCUGAAAGUGGUCGCCAAGAAGCGUAUAGGCGAGUCCAACUUCAUCACGGCCAUCCGGGAGACACUCAAAAAUCACUACGGAGAUAAAGUUGUUGGUCUCGGCGGCACGUUCCUUCUCCGCGAGGGCCGGGUCAAGUACCACGUGAUGCCGGAUUUCUCCACCACGGCGCUGUGCAGCGACGCCGACGUGGACGGCUGGCUACACUACUUCGAGAUGAAGGCUCCGCUGGUGCAGCUGGGAACGCUGGUCACCGGAGACCUGGAUCUGGACCUGCGCGUGCAGCACUUCCACGGCUGGAGCGAGCACGGCGACGGCGGGCACUACCACCACGACACCACGCCCGCGUCCGCGCACUACGAGGGGUACUUCACGCUGGCCGGCAGCGUGCUCAGGAUAGAUCCCCCCGCUGACACCCACGGACUUGGUCGGGAUUAGGAACAGUUGGGAAACUAUUAGGAUAUUUUUUUUUAUUUAUACAUACAUGAAAUCGUACCUUUUUCUCGGAGGAGUAGGCAGGGACUACAUCUCUCCACAAUCCUUGCAUACUUCGUUCGCUUCUUCCUCAUACAUAGUCUUUUCAUGCAAGCUCGUCGUGCAGAUUUCGUCGGUCGGGUACGUUCGUCUAGGCUUAUCCACUCCUUCGUUCUCAUUUACACACCCCUUGUAUAUUUUUAAUAAUUUUGGCUAUUGAAUGAAAAUUUUCUAAAACUGUUUGUAAUAUCGACAGUGUGCCGUGGACAGAUCUCCGCUAUUAACCGCGACCUUUGUUGUAGUCAGUAAAAUAUCAUUCGAAAUAAAAAGCCAAGCUCAAAUAGGCUAGUUAAACGUAAAUACAAUAGAAAAAUAACUAUCUAGUCUCCUAAUUAGAGUUACAUUCAUCUUAAACAAUUAUGUAGUAUUAUAAUUCUGAAAUAGAAAUAAAACAGCAAUAAUAAAAAGGCCAACUUUCGUGAUAUUACCGAUUUAUUCAAAAAUCGAGAUACAAUGUUUCAAUGGAUAAUACAUUUAAUCGUAAUUUACAAAAAAUAUGGCUCCUAUAUACACUUGGUGUUCUAGUAUAAAAGUUAAAUUGUAAGGGCUCAUUUAGAGAGACGCAAGUAAAUAUGUUAAUACGUAAUAUUAUUAAAGUGAAAAAAAAAACGCGGUACAUCUUAGCAUUACGUUACGGGAAAUAUAUCAG